AAGAAUACGAUUGUACUUUUUGGAGGUCUUGCAGGGUGACUUGGCUUUAGCCCGUCGCUGGAGUUGGGGAUCAGCGGUUCUCGGGUACCUCUACCAUAACUUGUGCAACGGCGCGAUGUGGGAAACCAAACAAGUUGGCGGUUGUAUGCACUUGUUACAGAUUUGGGCUUGAUCGAGGAUUUCGAUGGUCCGUCCCUCAGCACUUCACGUCAUUCAACAUGGCCAUCUUCCAUAUGGGUGCAAGUGGAUCGUCCCCAAGUCAUUUAAGGGAUCCCCAAGACAUUGCAUACGCUUGUACCGGGAUGACCUAGAUCGCAUGACUGAGAGUCAGUUUGAUUUCACUCCCUACGCGUCCGAGAUGCUCCCGCCUCUCAUCCUUAAUGAUGCACCGCUUUGGUCGGCUAGAGUCAUGCUCAUAUUUUGCAAUAUGGCCGAAAUGCAUUACCCGGAUCGAUUUCUUCGGCAGUUCAGUAUAAGGCAAGACAUUCCGAAUGCUCCUUUGCCGGGUACUGAUCAUCACGGAUCUCGUUCCAACAUAGUAAUCGGUGCCUUGGCGAUGUGGGCGGACAUACAACAUAAUAUAUACGUUCUUGAUUAUGAUCGAUAUAUGUCUCUCGAAGCAACUAAAAGGUACCGAAACUGGUACAAGAAGCAUGGUAUGACACGUGUCCAGAACCCUUCUCACAAUGUGCCACGACAGGCUACACCCCGACAGCACACGAUUGGGGUAUUGUGAAGCAAGGCGUUCACGAGGUGUAUCAGCUCUUAGCCGACCGCGCGAGUUAUGAGGAUUGUCAAAAACGACUACGGCAGAUGGCCCUGGAUGUAGGUGAUGAAGAUAUGCUCCACCGGGGCAUAUUCCACUAUGAAGAUGAAGAUGCAGGUGGAAGUGACGAAGAGGAUGAUUCACAUGAACGUGAAGAUGGGACUGAGGAUUCACAAGCGCCCCCUCAAUUCUCAACACAUGGUGUCUCAUUUGAUCAACCACCCCCUCAAUUCUCAACGCAUCAAGGUGGGUCAUUUGAUCAACCACCGCCGUAUUAUGAUUCUUAUCAGUGGUCCAC